AAGCAUUCCUAUUCUGAAAGCGCGAAAGGUCUCGCCAUUACUGCCAUUACCGCACUUGGUACCCCGCACUGCCAAGCCUCAAAGGCUGGCGCCUCUGGAGGUGGGGCGCCCUGGGGGCUAUGAGCCAGGCGGGGAGUAUCCUUGGCAGGCGGGGCAAAGGGGCUUCCGGGGCGGCAGCCACCUGGCCCGGCCCCCUCCGGCCCCGCCCGCUUCUGCUCUGCGAGGUGAUUCACUCCCUCCUUCGCCUCGGGGGCCCCCUUCCCGUCCAGACGGCGGGCAAGACGGCAGGGUGUGCAGCGUCCCCCAGUCCACGGGCAAGCAAGUAGAUACUCUGCGCCCCUAGGGACUCCAGCGCACCCCAUGGCGGAUUCCGAGCGCCUCUCGGCUCCCGGCUGCUGGGCCGCCUGCACCAACUUUUCGCGCACCCGAAAAGGAAUUCUCCUGUUGGCUGAGAUUAUAUUUUGCCUGGUGAUUCUGAUCUGCUUCAGUGCCUCCACACCAGGAUACUCCUCCCUGUCGGUGGUUGAAAUGAUCCUUGCUACUAUCUUCUUUGUCAUCUACAUGUGUGACCUGCACACUAAGAUACAGAUCAUCAACUGGCCUUGGAGUGAUUUCUUCCGAACCCUCAUAGCGGCCAUCCUCUACCUGAUCACCUCCAUUGUUGUCCUGGUUGAGAGAGGAAAUGCCUCCAAAAUCAUCGCAGGGGUACUGGGCCUAAUUGUCUCAUGCCUCUUUGGCUAUGAUGCCUACAUCACUUUCCCCUUGCGGCAGCAAAGACAUACAGCAGCCCCUACUGACCCUGCAGAUGGCCCGGUGUAGGUGAACUCCCUUCAUUUCUCUCUGCAACCUGCAAGUAACACUUCCAUGGAAAUAACUCCCUCCUGCUCCUACAGCACUCCCAGCCAACUCCCAGUCCCUUAUUUGAAGUAAAAGUGCCUUUAUCGGGAGAAUCUAUUUUCCUACCUGCCAAUCCCUCCUGGGUGUGGCCAUUUUUAUGGGUGUGCCUAUGUCCCCCUUCCUUCUGCAGUAUCCAAAAGGAGACACCUGUUCUGCCUGGACUAUGGACCCACUUAAGCCACAAAAUGAGGGAGGAGGGAGCCUCAGAUUUGAGAUUUUAGGUCCCAGGUUGUGACCCACACCAAAAAAUCUCCUCAGUGUGGGUGGUUCUGUGGAGGGAUAAAUAAAGAGAUUGUUAGAACAUA